ACUCUAUCCAAUGACUUUUCUCUGCUGAAUGCUGAGAUUUUCACUCUCUGAGCUUCUUCAACUUUUGAAGAACUUUUGUUUCUCGUUCUCUGGGAAGAUGUUGGAGAAGAUUUUAAUCCUGCUCUGUUUGACCUCUGCUGCGGCAGGGCAGCUCUGUAAACCAGAUGCUUCAGAUGGCUACAAAGUCCGACUCAGCAUCAAAACAGCUCUGGGAGAUCAGGCCUACCUGUGGGAUGAGAAGGAAAUGUUUCUUUUCCGAUCAACGAUGGCCUACGCCAUGAGGGGACAACUCAACCAGCAAUUUGAUGUGUCCAACAUCAUCGUGUGUGAAGAGACUGCCAGAGUGUCCUUCUGGUUUGUGGUGACGUCUCCGCUCAACACAUCCAACCUGGUAGAUAAGAAAAGUGUGGAGGAGGCUGUCAGAAAGCACAGGAACCGCAUCAACAGUGCCUUUCUGCUAACAGAUGAAACCCUGGAGUUUGAGGGCAUCCCCCGGACCCUGGAAGCCCCCUUCACUCCUGACACCCCCCCAUGGCUCAUUGUGUUCGGGGUGGUCAUGGGCGCUGUGGUCGCUGGCAUCAUUGUUUUCAUCGGGUUCUCUGUGGUCCAAAAGAAACGCAAAAAGAACAAGAAAACCCCAGAGGACGAAGACAGUGAAGAAGAAGAGAGCCGAGGGAAAACGAUGGAAAACGGAGCUGCCAACGAGGGCGUUUACAACAUGUCGUUCACAGACGAGGAGCGGUUCACACGGAUUUAAAAAGAAAACAUCUUUUUAAAAAAACCCCAAAAAAAACACUUCCAUAUGAGAAACGAGAUGUUGCAAAAGAUUUUGAAGCUGCUCCUAGAAUGCUGCACUGUAAAACAAAUCGAAGUUGUAGUUUAUAGUUAGUUUGUCAUUGAAAAGAUUUGAUACAUUUGAUGAUUUUUUUUUUUUACUUAACUUUCAUCACCUUUCAGCCUCAAACAAUAAGCACAUGGUGAGAUGGUUUUACACAUAAACACAUUUUCUGCAUCAAUUGAUGAUAAUUAAAGAUCUCUGCUAUAGAGAAUAUCAUGACAGCUUUGUGAGUCCUCUACAAAAAGGAAUCUGAUACUUCUCCAUGCACGAGUUGAGAUAUUGUUUGUGCUUUUUGUGUUUAUUUCAGGCCUGUGAGUGAAAAAUAGAGUUUGCCCUGAAGAGCUGAAUACAUUAUUUUGUCUUCUGUCUGUUCCUCAUGUAGAUGUCAGGCUGCACACUGGAUGCUUUCUAUAUUUAACCUGCAAUUUUUUUUAUACCCAAAUCUGAUUGAUUUAGAAGAGAUCAGAUCAAACACAGUGUCCCAGAGGUGAUGUCUCCUGCUUCAUGUUAGAUCUCUGCUGCUGACAUGAUAGUUGGAUUCCUCUUUCUUCUCCUAGACUGGAGUGGGAGGGAGUGGAUGGGAAACCCCCUUAAGUCAGCUGGAGCUGCAGUUUCCCAGCUUUUUCCCCGGAAUUAAAAGCUGCGUUUCAAAGAAUGGGAUUCAUUUUCCAAAUGAAAAGUGUUCUCUUAACUUAUCAACACAUCGAUAGAGAUUAAAGAGGAAACCCCUUUUACCGUACAUGUCAUAUUCACUCGGUCACGCCAUGGUCACACACUGAAGGCAGAGGAUGCUCCUUAAAGUACUCCAUUAUAACCCAUACACGGACUCACACACCUACUGUAGAUUAUUCGGUUUGAGAUCAAUACCAUCAAACCCCAGCAGAGUCGGACCUGUUAUACACAGUCCAUGAGUCACAUACUUCUGUCAAUAGAUAUGAUUCUCUCCUGGUGCAUGCUGGAACAAGGACAGUCGUCCAAUUAAAAGGCGUAAUCGAGCUGUAACUCAACUGUGCAUGUAAAUGUGCUGACUGUUGCACAUCACAAUCAGGUUUAAGCAGAAAUCUGAGGGUCAAACUUUGAAUACUGUAUAUUUAGAGCAUAGAAAAGGACCUGUUCCUAAACAUCUGCCCAAAUUAAUUCAUCUGAAAAAUAAACGAAUCAAACCAUC